AUGGACGAGUUCGCGCAAACACGUGGGGGGGAUGACCUGUUCGACGAUGAGAUCAUCCCCGUCUCUGCAGAGCAACAACAACAAAUGCAGCUGCAAGAACAACAAGAACAACACUCCCCGCCGGCGGAUGACCACCAGCAGCAGUCCUUUGAAGAGAGUAUCGCGCCCGCAACAGCAUCAACUACUAUCGACAGAGACGUAUCACCGCCUGCGCGGACUGACACUCCGUCGCGGUCACGCGGGGGUGAGCGACGGGGGAGGGGACGGGGAGGCAGAGGGGGCCGGGGUGGGCGGAGGGGGUCGCAGAACUCUGGCCGGAGGGGUGAUCCGAACGUGAGAAAUAAGCACAAUUAUCAUAAUAAUAAGACUACGGCGGAGAGCCCUGUGGAGGGUGGCGAGGACAGCAACAAUCCCGUGGAGGAGGCUACGACGACUACUACUACUAACCCGGCUGCCUCAGGGGCUGCGGCUGCAGAGACAGAACAACCGGCGGGUGAGAAGCCUGCAGCGGAGGGCCCGCGGGUGCCUGCUGUACGUGGAGAUCGAAGUGCUACGGGUGGUAUCAAGAAGCCGAAACUCACGGAAGAGGAGCUCUCGCGUCGUAUUGCGGCUGCGAAGGAAAACGCUGCUAAGGUAGCCGCGGCGCACGCUCGGGCUGAAGCUGACCAAGCCUCAUUCCUUGAGAGGGAGAAGGUUGCGGAGGAGAAGAGACGCCAGGAACGGGUGCAGCGCCGGGUCAUGGAUAACGAGCGGGAACGCAACCGACAGCGGAAGUUGCAAGCCUUUGCGGGCCGGGAGUGGGAUGCUCAGAAGAAGGAGGAGGAUUUCAACCCGCGCGGUGGGCGCGGGGGCCUCCGUCGAGGUAUGCACGGUGGUGUUUCUGGCUAUACGAGACGCGACUUUGAAGGGCAGCCUAGCGACCAGCCGAGUGGUGAGGUGCAUGAGGAGCCCCAUGGUGACAGUCCUCGAGGGGGCCAUCGAGGUCGAGGCCGUGGGGGUCGCGGUGGACGUGGUCGCGGUGGUCAUCGUGGCCCACGGGAGGAUAUUCCCCAGUCGGACGGCGCGGCCGAGAAUCUGCCAGGCCUGGGCGAGUCGAGGUGGGCUCCUGCUCCGGUGCUUGACAAUGAGGCAGACUUCCCUGCGCUCCCUGGCAGUGAGAAGAACGGGAAGGAUACCUCGAAAGAGGCCCCGAAAGAGUGGGUCAAGGAGGAGCAGAAGGACACUCAGAAGGAGGUCCUCAAGGACUCCUCCGAUGAGCCUAAGGAGCCAAAGGAACCUCUCAAUGCUGCAACAACUGCAGUGAACCUGGACCUUCUCAACGUGGACCCUCUUUCACCGAUGGAAGGGACUUCUUGGGCUGAACAAGUCGAGUCGCAGUAA